UUUCGCUUCCCUGUAGCAUUCCCGGCUCCAGACUGAGUGAGGGCAGCCAGCUCUGAGCCGAGAGGGAGCGAGACAGAAGGAAGACCCAGGAGAGGGAGGAGGUUAUUCGACACCCAGGAUCAGCAAUGGAACGCCCAGUAACCCGAGGCCUAGGGUUCGGCCUGGUCUUCCUGGGCCUGGUGGGGACCAUCGUGUCUUGUGCCCUCCCGCUCUGGCGUCUCUCGCUGCCCGAGGAGCCGGUCAACACCACCCUGGGCUCUGGUGCCCGCCGGGUAUGGGAGGGGCUAUGGGUCUGCUGCUCCCGGGGUGACCCGGGUGAGGGGAGUCACUGCCAGGCCUACCCAUCGCCGUGGAGCCUGCCCCUUGACGUCCAGGCCGCCCGGGCCCUCACCCUCAUCGCCGGGGCCUUGGGCCUCGUGGCGGCUUGCGCCGGGGCGGCCUCGGUCCUGGGCUGCCCCCGGCUGCAGGACCCCGUGCACAGGGGGGACCUCGGGGUGUGCGGGGGUCUCCUGGCCCUCUCCGCAGGGGUCCUGGAGCUCCUGGCAGCGGGCUGGGCCGUCCACUCGGCCCGCCAGGGCCGCGACGACCCCCUGGUGGCCCUCGACGCCAAGAGGGUGCCGGGCCCUGCCGUCCACCUGGCCUUGGCCGCCGGCGCUGCCCUGCUGCUGGGCGGGAUCUUGCUGUGCCUCUCCUGGCCCAAGGAGAGCGACAGGUACCCUCCUGAGCUCCAGAAAGCCGCCUCCACAGCUGGAAAGCCGGGCCGGGUUUGAGGCCUGGUGAUGGGGGGAGGCGAGCAGGGCCAGGGGCAGGGGCAGGGAAACCCCAGAGACCCUUGAUGCCAGCCCAUUGGCCUGCCUCUCAACCAACAGCCAAAUGGGAUGGCCCCCUCCCCUCCAUCCCCCGUCCCUCCC